AUGUACAAUUGGAGAAAAUGUUUGAAAAAUCUGAAUUUAUUAGCAAGAUUAGACAUUAAGUUGUUAAUUUUUCAAAUUUCGAACGAAGGCGGGCAUUUGCAGGCUUUGAAUUUUGCAUGUUUAUUUGAAGGGUCGAAAAUUGGUGAUGUAUAUGUAGACAUGAUGCAUUCCACUUCCAGCCAAUGGCUUCAACCAUUGUCACACAGCCCCACUACUCGUUUCCCAGCAUCUGGUCUGCCUUUCAAUCAUUUGCACCAAAAUUUACCCACCCAGUCUAGUCCCAGUGUUAUGUUAGCAUCUCAGAUCACUUCAUCUGAACCACUAUUUCCUUUGUCAAAUACAUUCAGUGUUGAUACGCAACCUGGGACUUUUCUAGCAGAUAUAAAUUCAGAACCUCAGCCUCUUGGUCCAUUGGGUGCCAACUACUACAGUUUCAGUCAUGACCUAUCAAGUGGUGUUGAUUCUUCCCCAGCUAACCUGUGGUACAAUCCUUCUACUCCAACUGGCCCAAUGACGGGGUCAUUACAGAGGGAAUGCAAUAUAAAUGUCGACUGCUCAAGUAGUCUAGGGCGUAAUGAUGACCCGGUGCAAUUGAUUCCCGCGUGCACCUCAGCUACAGCAAAAAUACUCACUUCACAGCUGUACGAUUCUAUGCUUGGUGGUAUCAAAGAUCCAAACAGUUCAGCUGUCAGUGAAAACGAUAUUUGUUCUCGGUUAUCAUCCACUCAUACAACUCCAUCAUCAAAUUUAUUAACUGGUGGAAAUUACAAUUGUCCACCGAUAACUACACCUUUGUCAUCAUCGUCAUCAAUAUCAUUACCUUCAAGGAAUAGAUCAAACAUAGAAUCGAUCAUUCGAACUGAUCAUAUACAUGACAAUCGUGAUCCUUGUAUUUACACAAAUUUAAAUGUUGUUCCUGUUGGUGGAAAUAAUACAUCAUGUAUGUCAGCUUUAUGCAGUAGUGGUGCUGGGAAUGAUGAUAUUGAUUCACAUCGUAUAGUUAAAUCAAGUGUUAUCCCGACUGGUAUUGAUGAACCCAGUAAGCGUGAAAUAAAAUCUCUUCAUUUCCAAUCAAAUAAUCCAUUGAUUGUAUCUUCGGGAAUUUUUGAUUCUUAUUAUGGAAUUGAUUCUGUGUGUGAUGGAAAUACAAUUCCAAGCGGUUGGUCAAAUACAACUAAUGUCAUUAAUCCAGGUUGCGUAGUGGCAGGUUCUGUUCAUACAUCAAAUUUUCCUUCACAUAUUUCCAAUGAUAAUAAUAAUAGUGCCUGUCAGUUGACGUCUGAAUUGACUUCUGUUCCCACCUAUCCUAAUUCUAAUCCCUCUAUCCAUCCUGAAUCUACUCAUCCGACACAUGUAAAUAUGGGACUGAAUUAUUCUGGGGCCAGUGGGGUUGGUGGUAAUCUGUAUGCACCGGCUACGUUACAACCUUGUCCAUUGGUUGGACUAUCUGAUUCUUCCAUUCAACACCCAUGCAAUAUACCUCAACCUGUUCAUCCUUUAGAUCCUAAUCCUUCAUAUUCUUCCAUUGGGGAAUAUACAAUGCAUCGUCAAUCUUCUGAUAUAACCCCACCAUCUGGUCUGAUACCUUCAGUUGUCUAUGAACAACACUCACUUGCAAAUCUCAAUACACAUAGUACAACUUCAAAUAAUAAUAAUAGUAGUACUACUACUACUAAUAAUAACAAUUAUCAAAGUGAUAUGAUGAGUUGUAGUCGUGAGGCACUGAUAGCAUUAGCAGGAUCUGGUGCAGAUGAAAUUAAUUUCACAACUCGUUCAUCCAAUAUAAGUUUAACACAUUCCUCUACACCAACCUUAUCUGCUAGCAAUUCUACAUCUCAUGGCGGUGGUCGUGGAACAAGAGGUGGUCGUGUUGCUGGACACAAGCGUCGAUCAUCAUCUGUUAAUCCUUCCAAUUCUCUUAAUUUAGAAUCAAAUGGAAAUUCCAUCGAAGCUAACACUAACGAUAUGACUUUGGGGCUGUCAAAUGCUUGCCCAUUAUCCUCUAAUACUGGUAUGAGCUCAGAAUGCUCAUCUCUUUUCGGUGAUUUUGACAGCAGUAGAAAUUUCGGACAUGGUCGUACGCCAAGUGUAUGUGGUACUGACUCUGAAGAAACUAUUGACCCAGAUGAAACACCUGAGCAAAGAGCUGAAAGAGAACGUAGUCGUAGGCAGGCGAAUAAUGCACGAGAGCGAUUACGAGUUCGUGAAAUCAAUGAUGCUUUUAAAGAAUUGGGUCAAAUGAUUAAUUUGCACACGGGAAAUGGUCAACCUCUGACAAAACUCAUGAUUCUUCAGCAAGCUGUAACAGUUAUCACAGGUUUGGAACAACAAGUCAGAGGUUAGAAGAAAAAACAACAUAUAGAUAUUUUUUAAAAUCGUUUUUAAGUUUUGCUUGAUGUUAGCAUGUUGUCAUAAUCCUUAGUAUUAUGCAUGUUUAUAUCUUUCCUUUUCUUUCAUCUUAAUCUCCUGGAACGUGGUAAUAUUAUCUGUUACAUCAUACUAUCCAUU